UGGAAAGAAUUUGAAGGCUUUUGCUACAAGGUUAUGGAUAGGCUCGGUUAUCGGCGGAGAUUUGCUUGGUCAACAGCCUUAAGCGGAUGUUUUGGGUUUGGAGGGGACCUGGUAAGCAUUUCGAAUGAAAAGGAAAUGAAGUUUGUCCAUGACAUGGCUUUCAAGGACGCAAAUCGCACUUCUGUUUGGAUUGGGUUGACGUAUCGGCAUCAAAAGGGUGGAUAUGUAUGGAACAAUGGAGAAUCGUUUAACAUUUCUGUUUCUGUCCAGCGGCUCAACAUGUCGAGAAUUGUUUAUGAAAAUAAAUGCGUCGAAAUCUUGAAAAAUGGCUGGAACCUCACCGAAUGUUGCAAGGAAAAUAAACAUCUCCUCUGCAAGAGACCGAAAGGUGAGUUGUUCCCCUGGGAACUCGACAUUGAAAAUGAUGGGGAAGUUCCAAUCGUACCAGGUACGACCAAAGCACAGGUAAAAUUUGAUCCAUUAACGCGCUUAAACUCUUAAACGGACUUUAGAUAGCCUUUACGCCUUUAAAAUUUUAGGCGGGCUAGAUUCCACCCUGAUAUUUGGCUUUUUCCAUUUGUUUUCUCGUUUUGUUUCUCACUCAUUUUAACCUUAAUUAUAACCGUGCCUGGGUUUAAGGACCUUUUGUGUGGUUACAAUCCAGUUUUGGUCACAUUUUAUAAUUACCACCGGACUAAACACAUAUUAAAGAUCCUAAUUUUUCUUAUAUUCUAUUUAAAAAAAAUAGAUGAAAUAUAACAACUGAUUGAUUGUCGGGACAUUUUAGAAUAUUUUACUCCUUGUUCUCUGAUUCUCGUCCCAGUCUCUCUAACGUUUACAGCAAUGCCAUGAUUCUUAUUGGGUUCAAACUAUUUGCUCUGUAAAUGUUUCACUUGUGAGGUCCAUUGGCCUGUUCUGCUGAUUGGUUUCUCAAUGGAGUAUCUUGCUACAAGGAAAAUAAUAAAGAUACCUGGCAACGUGCACAACAAGUCUGUACUGCUUCCGGAGGUGAUUUAGUGAAGGGUGAUGAUGAUAAUCAAAAACGAUUUUUGAUUCAUUUCAUGAAUGUGACCGGUCUGAAGAAACCGAAAAUAGAUGUAAGUACCAAAUCAUUAACUCUUUUUUGAGCCUCAUGAUAGCAUGAUCAGCAUGAAAUUUCUCCAUGUAAUAUUAACGCAUUAUAAAACAUAGUAGCCACAAGAAUUAAUUGUAUAAGGACAUGAUCACCCAAGGUCAAUGUAACUAAUUCUUAAUACAAUUACUCUUCCCACCACAUCUGUAGGAAACGUGUAAGGACAGGAAACGGGCAUUUAACUUGAGACGUUAGGUUUUUCAUGCGGUUGAUAGAGCACGCUUAAGGCUAGGGUAAUUAAUUAUAAGAAGAGUUUUCAAAGAGGAAUGCGGAGAAAUCACAUGUUCGUUUCACAGACCCAAUUGAAUCAGUGAUGUAAAUCGUAGACAGUUUUAAUUCCAUUUUCAUCUGUAUCUGUAUCUUGAAAAACGCAAAUGUUCAAAAGACCUGACGUUUCUCAUGCUCAGUUACUUUGGCAUAACCUGAGAUCAGGCCCAAUUUUUGCCAUUCUCAUACAUUCUCUCUAACGGCCACGGCUAAAAUUGGGCCUUAUACAAACUCUCUCACGUUUGUAGAACAAUGCCACAAGAUCUGAUUAGCUGUCGGAAACACCGGAAGUUGAAAGCGCUUAUUCCUCUCGUGGUUGUUUUCGUGAAUGAUCCGCCGUCGGCGGAGAGAAAGGUCGAUUUUGCUGUCUUUUUUGUUUGAUGGUCUUAUGGUAGGAAAAUAUGCCUUAAUAUGUUCCAUGGAAAUUCAGAAAAUUCAUGUGGUUGUUCAUAUCUUCUCUGGAUUUGCUUUAUUUGCGGAACUAAUGUGAGUGUAUCGCGGAGUUGAAUCCCUCUGCAAGUUCAGAGUUGACCGCUAACAAGGUGCUUUUUGAUUUACCAACAAACGUGUGCCGAUCAAAAUACUGUCCAUCUUAAAAGUGGUUUUAUUUGAAAGUCUAGUCGGGAAUGACUUUUCUGAGCGGGGUACGCAAACGGAGGCUCAUUGCCAAAGAAACCUCAAUCGCCAACUGUGAAGUAUUAGACGAAAAACAUCGCAUGAUCGCUGUUCAGGGAAUUUUUGUUGGCAUUAUCAUAAGAGCUAGUGGCGUUACUCUUAAGGUAACAGACUUGUUGUUUGCCUUCGCUUUUUUGUAAAAAGUAAACCACGGAAACUGGUGUCCUCGCUCGUUGGCUGUUUGCUGUUUGUUAAUUUCGAUACAAAAUAAAAUUUAGCGAGCUUUUCAGACCUGCAAUAAAAAUAUGAACACAACUAAUUAAAGGAGAACUACAAAGUGUGUUUGUAAUAUUGUUUUUCGUUUUGCUUAUAGCUUUCCAAAGUGAUAAUGUUUACAUGGAUUUAUAAAGAAAUAUCUUUUUUUAGACGUUUGUUUCUCUAGUAAAUUCGCAAAUUGCAAGUGUACUCACGGGACUAAAUCAGCUAAAUUAAAUGCACUUGAGAACUCGUUGCUUUGUUCUCAGAUAAUUUAUAUAUCCUUUUUUUAAAAGUUCGCGAUAUAUUUCUCCACGAUUUUUAAAGAUUUAUGUACUGAAAAUCGGGGAAAAUUGCCAAGGAAAAUAUAAAGGCAACAGGAAAAGAGAAAUUUCAGUAUUUAAAUUCGAGCGCGCCUAGCCAAAACAUUAAAACUAGAACAUCUGGUGUCGCCGUCUUUUCGAAAACUUUUUACCUUCUACGCCAAUAGAAAUAACCGUCGAAAUCUCCUUUAAUCUCGCAAGAAGUUAAAUGUGACUGUGCUGACUGUUUUAUUCUAAGUUGAAAAUAUUAAAAGGUAAAAGCUAUUUUUUAAGUCAGCGAGUCUGCAUUUUUCCCACGUAUGGAAAAUGUGCAUAUUAAAAAAACAAGGAACUGAAGCAAUUUUGGUUGGCUAAUUCGGCAAAUGUCAAUCAAUCAAAAAAAGUGGGCGGCAGACGUUUCGUAUAAGGUUUGUAUCAGGCUCUCUUUUCGUUUCGCCUUGCCCGCCGGAAUGUUAUUUACAAAGCCAAAACAAAAAUUGAGCCUGAUCUCAGGUUACUUUGGCAAGCUGAGCGCACAAACUGAAUUAUUAUAAAAUGCAAGUUUAUCGUUCAUACAUACAUACUUUCCAAGCAAUUCUGGUGAAUUUGAUAGAAGACCAGUUGUUCCGCCUCUCAUCAGCUGAGACGUCUUGAUCUAAAAUACUAUCUUGAUUGAAUAAUGAUAUAUGCCCUUCUUGACAAAAAUUAUUAACUUAAUUUGAUCAUAAUUAACUGCAUACUGUCAUAUAGGCAGUGGUGUUAGUUACAUCAGGCGGACAACUCCCGCAGCAACAUCACCUUUAAUAUCAUUCUUGGAAAAGUCUUGGCUGAGAAGUUAAAACCCAGGUUUUCACUAGCGCAUUAGCACAAGCAUAAGGACAUACUCACGCACAGAAUGGCAUAUUUGAGUCAAUUCUCAAUACCAGCUCUCCUCAACCCGAUGAUAAACAAGACGGUGGACUCUUAGUCCGCCAUAUUGCUUUGAUUAUGUUUGCAUGAGGUCUGGGUCAAAGUGACCUUUGAUUGGUUCACGGCCUUGUACUUAUGCAUGUGCUUAUGUCAACCCAGUUUUAAACAGUCAAAGCUACGACAUAAGCAUAAGCACAAGGACAACGAACUUGUCUGUUUUUCUUGUGCUUAUGCUUAUGCUUAUGUCGACCCAGUAUUCACUGGCUUACACCCGUGCUUGUGCUUAUGCUUAUGUGCUAGUGAAAACCAGGUUUAAGAAAAUUCUUGGCCGAGAAGUUAUCAUGAGGUUAAGCCUGGUUUUCACUAGCGCAUAAGCAUAAGCGUAGGCACAAGCACAUGUGUAAGCAAGUGAAAACUGGGUCGACAUAAAGCAUGAGCAUAAGCAAAAGAAAAACGGACAAGUUCGUUCUUCUUGUGCUUAUGCCCAUGUCGUAGCUUUGGCAAGUGAAAACUGGGUCGACACAAGCACAUGUAUAGGCACAAGGCCGUGGACCAAUCGUAGGCCACUUUGACGCAGACGUCAUGCGAACAUAUCAAAAGCAAUAUGGCGGACGCUUCGUCCGCCAUCUUGUUUAUCAUUGGGUUGAGGAGAGCUGGUAUCGAGAAUUGAGUCAAAUAUGCCAUUCUGUGCGUACGUAUGUCCUUAUGCUUACGUUAAUGCGCUAGUGAAAACCAGGUUUAACAAAUUGAAAAAAAAAGGCUUUUUUCAAAACAUCCUUGCCGCCAUGGUGACGAUCGAAAUCUUACUUCUGAAAUGUCAGAUUUAUUGUCCUUAGUAUAAAUGUAUUCUGUCCAUACCAAAUAUGAGCCUCAACGAGUCUUGAAUGACACUCCCAUUAUCAAACUGUUUUCAGCCACCUUAAUUAAUUGUGGUUUUUGUAGUAAAUUGUUCCAUUUAAAAUUUUUUCUUUAUCCGUUGUAAUUCCUUUAUACAGCACGUAUGGAUUGGCCGAAAAAGUGAUUCGAAUUGUUUGCAAAUGGAGAGAAACACUUGAACGAUAGGAAAGGCGGAGGACUGUAACGAGAAAAAGAACUAUAUUUGUGAAAUGCCAGCGUCAACAACAAGUACGUUUUCUAUCAUCCACAUCGAGAAGGUUACACUUAGCACAUUAUCGCAAUAACCCAAGCUCAAUACGAGAACCCUGAACAACCUUAUUUUACUUAGCUAAUUAUUCAUUCAUACAGCAACAACCACAUAAGACAUUGUAUGAAAAUUAUUACUUUUUCUCUAAAAUUGGGCGAAAUGUGCAUUAUGUUUUUCCUAUGAAGCUUUUGUUUUGUAUUUUCAGGUUAAAGUCUAUCAAAUUUUCGUGAAUGACUUCCAAUUUAGUAAAAGCUCCGCUUUUAGGCUUGUCUAUUAGUUAUAAUUUCACGCUUUUGCCCCAGACUUUGAGGUAAGUGACCUUGUCAGAGAUACUCGAUGGUUUUAAAGGCUUCCAUUUUUCUGCAUUUAUCUUUAGGUUGUUAUGAGUACCCUAGCAGGAAUUUCUCUUCUCCCAUUAAAGUCAGCUGUACUUUUCCAGAAAACCUUUGUUUCAAAUAUGACAAUACAACGGCAAACGGCGAACAAGUCACCAUUCAAGGCUGUAUAUCCGCUGAUCAAUGCAGACAAUUUGAUGAUCAUCAUUUGCACUGUUGUGAAGGAGAACUGUGUAAUAGUGGUAAGUAAGCUCAAGUAUAAUGGACACAAAAUAGCUAAAAAUUGUUACUUUAGGUCCGCUGUGCCAUGUUCCUCAGAAACAGAGAAAACUUAGUUUAUUUUAACGAGGAUCCAUGAAGGAGGAAUAGCCAUGCUUAGCAGCGAAGUAGAUUUUAAGAACCUUUUUGUAAGUUUUCACAAGAUAAUGCACCUGUUUUAUUCAACGCAUACUCGCACGUUUCCAAUUCCUUUUAUAAUACAAUAUCUUUCCUUGCAGUUGAGAACACCACGAUAUCUGAACCCGAAAAUCCGAUCCGCGCUAUUUCUAAAGUCAUUUACAUCUCACUUGGUACCACCUCCGCUUUUUUGCUACUGUCCGUGGCUAUUGUUGUCUGGUGCUACAGAAGAAAGAAGCUGAAGACUAUUGAAAGGUUUGUGUAUCUUUUAAUUUGCUAGCCACAUUGUUCGGCGUAAUUUUUUCUCUAGUUGAAGGUGUAUCGAAAACACUUAUAAGCAAAAUUUUACUUUCCUAAAGUUUAAUUUUAGGGCGAUGUUAUUGGUUAUAUUACAUCCCGUGGCCACUUAUAGCGUCGUGCACCGCCAUUGAAAGUUACAAAGAAAAUAAUCAAGCAUUUUGUUUUAGCCAAGGGGCUGAAAACCUAAAAAAGACAGUGAGAGAGAAGAGAUACUGAAGAAGAAUAUCUUAGAAAUUAAAUUGAAAAUUGACUUGACUGAUGAAAAGAUGUUAUUGCGUUCGACGUCGAGAGAAUGCAACCUAGACUCAACGCCCAAGAGCUUGAGCACAAACAUUCAGCACAAACAAACUCAACGUUUAGUAGUCUGGGUGAAUUACCGAAAACGAUAGGUUGAAGGCUAACGGCUAAAGUCCUUGGUUGACAGCUUUUUUCUGAAAUGCCUCUUUCUGUCAGCUGUUUACUUUGACAGACAACAGCUGUUGAGCCUAUCUCGGACCAAGUGUUAUCUCUCAUAUCAACACGAUAUCAAACUAUGCCCAGUCGGUGAGGUUGCACUUUUGGAAGGCAAAGGCCGGUUUCGAGAAGCGGCGUUUGACCUCUAAUCGGGUAUGGAAAAUUUUCGUUGUGACGUUUUCUCACUUAAAAAUGGGCUAGGGAAGCAAAUGUGUUCAGCAGUACCCAAAAGGGCAAGGGCUGGUUGAGUCGGAUGAAGCUUCAUUCAUCAAUGAAAUUACCCGUGCAUUAAAAUGAAAAAUUUCUCUUAGAUUCCGUUUACACCGGACCGGACAAAUAUUUCAACGAAUGAUUCAGGCUUUUCCCGUGCAACCCUUUUACACUGUGGAACCAUGAAAAUUCUGUAUCAAAUUUCAGUAUGAUUUGCCAUUCAAAAACAUGCCCUGUUCGCGGGUUCCGUGUAAACGAAAUGCAGCGUUGUGCAAGUUUUUGUCCGUUCAUAUGUCCGGAUCUGUUGAAAUAAAACUUGGUCUUAAAUGUCUUUUAACUGUCACCAACCCUGUUGGGAAUUGCCUCCAAAAUAGUUGCUAUCUAACACACUCACAGAAGGUUUUUAUUCCUUUCCUCACAGUACAACACACUCUCAUCACAAAAUAAUUCUCUUUUGCUAUCUCCUAUUGUUCUACUAUUUUACUAUCAAUCACGAGGUUUUCAGCUUCACUUUCAAUUCCAAAGUUCAGGGCUAUCAGGUUCUCAAGUGUAAUCUAUCACUUAAUACCUCUUUUAAAUCACGUGACUAAAAUCAAACGAAACUUAAAUCAUGUUUACAAAGGAGAUUGGUUAUUAUUUCCGACACUCUCCCCCAUAUGUCUACCUUUAGGUGACAUAUGUUGCAUUUAUCUCUAGAAACCAUAUCAUACUAAACGUUCUUGUAACUCAAAACGAUAACAAAAAACGAAAUGAUUCUCAAACUCUCUACAGAGUCGGUGUUCAAUGUUCAGUUGGCUUGCUCUUUGUCAGCAAUGUCUUGCAUUCGUACUCUCGCUGCCAUUUUAGCGUCACGGGUAGGUCUGAACUCUCGAACCUCCGGGUUUAGCUGUUCCUGAGUUGUCAAAGGUGUCCGGUCUCACGAUAGUUCUAAGGGCUAGAGGUAUUUUAGCAGCAGCUCUGACUUGGAAACGGUGACAACCAUAGCACUGUUUUAUCACUCUCUUGGUCAGACGUCUGAGCCUCGGCACCCAGUGACGCUCUCUGAUCCGCGCCAUUGUUAAACCGACUCCCCCAUGCUACGGACGGCGAUGGGCGUCUUCAACGGGUUUCACUGUGUAGGGGUGUUUAUCAGCCAGUUAUACCGAGUAAUGUACCUGUACCUGUAAAGGUUGGUCGUUUUCUUUUAAACACAGUCUUUGUCGAUCGUCUGUCACAUCGUCGCUUUGAAUCUCUUGAGGGCGCUUGGUCCAAAACAGGUGCUGGUUUUCAAUCUCGUCGGUCGUCAAUGGACCCAUCAUUCUUUCUUGUUUCUUCAGGCGUGAAUUCCGUAUGAAUCUCGCGGUCCAGGCGACAAUACUCAAUGUCUUGGUCAGGUCAAAUUUCCCUAGCAGAACUUUGAGGCACCCAGUUGACGCAGUGGCGCCAUUAAAAAGUUCUUUGGUAAUUUUAGCCUCUGCUUGGCUCUCAGGAGUGCGGCUUGUCACGAUGUCUCUAGGCCACUUUUCUUUUUCUGAAAGCCAUUCUGGUCCUUGCCACCACAGCUUGCUGUCAUCUACUUGCCCUCCUCGACUUCCCAGAUCUGCCGGAUUUUCCUUGGCGGGACGUGGCGCCAAGCGAUCCUUGAAUGCUCUUGUAUUUUCAUCGCUCUGUUUGCUACGAACUGUUUGUACUCGCCGCCACCGUUUAUUCAAUGGAGAGCCACUGAGCUAUCCAGCCAUCCAUAACGACGUUAACAGGAAACUCUUCAAGCGCCUUCUCUACGUUUGUGAUAAGGUUCGUUGCCAUAUGUGCCAACACCAGCUCAAAUAGCGGAAUGGUCAGCCCCUGCUUCGCUAGUCGAGCCUUUGCAGUAACCAAACCCUGGCUCACCCCUGAUGGCUGUCUCACAACUGCAUGCACUGUUGCACACACUCCCUUCUUACUCGUACUUCCAAAGGCAUGGAGCUCAAUUCUUUCAAUGUGCUCUUGGGCACACGUCAGAGCCCUUGUUACCAUGACCUCGGCUGGUAACUCUUUCUUCCAUCGUGUCCAUUGGCUUGCUAGUAGAGGGGAUAGCGGUGCUUCCAAGGCCACCUUCACGUUGCAAACAUCUCUGUAGAUGAAAUUUCCCCUGAUAGUUACCGGCGCCACGAGACCAAAGGGAUCAGAUUAGCAAUGUUAUUUUUGACCCGACUGCAUCAUAUUGAGGCAUGGUAACACUUAUCUGAUCUUCUUGUUUGUCUCACUAGAGUCCAAUAAAACUGCCAGUCUUUGCUUUUGUUUGACCGAGCUGCUGUUUAGCAAACAUGCGCUCGUCUUCAACCCCUCUUACACUCUCUUCUAACUAGGCAACAUUCGAGUGCCACUUGUGCAGCGUGAACUUAGCAUCUUCAAAGAUUCUUAUGGCUCCCUCUUUCAUCUUUUUCGCCUCUGGUACUGUUGGUUUCCCGUUGAUCAGAUCGUCGACAUACAUACUUUUGCGCAGCUCAGCAACAAGGUAUGGCAUACAAGACUCCCAGGUUUCAAGAUGGCACUCUAUCACUCCCCCAAGAAGAAAGGAAGAAGCCAUAAGACCGAACAGAGCUCGCGCGAAUCUCAACACCUCCACCUCAGAAUGUUCGCUUGUCUUCCAAUAAAAUCUAAGUGCAUCUCUCUCUUCCUUCUUUAUGAGCACCUGACGAAAGGCCUGUUGUAGGUCCUCAGUGAUAAGGACUGGAUGAAAGCGCAUGCGUACUAAAAAUACUCCACAGGUGAUUCUGAAGCCGUGGUCCGGCAUGCAGAGAAACAUUUAAGCUUGGCACAUGAGGGUUCGAUCGAGACGAGGCGUCAUAAACGAUCCUUACCGUCGUAGUUUCAGCUACUUUAAUCUUUCAUCUUUAAUCAAGGUAAUUGCCAAUAGUGCAUAUGCCAAUCCGGCAAAACGGAUCACCGGCUUGUGAGGUAUGUAGAAUUCUUUUCCCUGCGAUGAAUCGCUUGCGACUUCUACUAUUCCCAAGGACUUCUGUUUUUUUCAAUUAUCUCCCCAUAACUCUCGGUCACAUCCAAGCGCUGACGUCUGUUCUGGAGGUUGCUAAGCCUUUGUAAACUCACUGCUUUAUUGUUAUUAUGUAGCAAGGUUUCAUACCAGCGUUCUGGGUGUCGUGCCAACUGUUCUCAGAACUCUGCGUAGACUGUGCGCUGGUCAUGUUCUGGGGUAUCUUCUAAAACCUAAGACGUCUAGCCGACAAAGUUCUGCAUAAUCCACAUGACUCGUUUGUGUCCGCAGCAUAUUCGUGUUCCCGGUGACAUAAUAGUCCACCCCAGCUUGGUCUUUUCUGCUACUGGUUCCCCUAGGAGCCCAACGCGGCGGAGCUCGGACGUCUUGAUCCCUGUAUACUCGCUGGCCCCUAAUAUCAGGUGUAUUGGGAGAUAUGGCUUAGAAUCACAGUCCGUCGUCUCAACUCCCUUUAGAUGAACGUACGACUCGAUAAUCUUUUGAUAGUGUGGGUUAUUAAUCAUCAGCAACUCCCGUCUUUCGACCUUGGUAACGUCAACGUUUAAUUCAUCACUGCCAUCAGUUGAACGUACUUCGAUUGUGGAAGUUCGACUUCACGUGUGGUCGAUCCCAGCAUCAUUUCUAUUCGAUGAACUUCUUUAGCCCGAGAUCGCUUGAGAAGUUUCUCCAAAAGCGCAGCUAAAGCAUACGAACUCUUAGCUCUUGUAUCCAGAAGUGCACGUUACAGUACUCCCUCCACGCUUACUUUCACCACAGGAUAAACAACACGCCCUUGGUUCCCGGUGGCUGUCAACAAUUGGUCUCCCUGAUUGCAAAUCGAUGUAUGGUGUUCCUGUCUGCACUUCUGACGAUGUAUUCUACUCAUGCACUCAGCUGCAUGAAGUCUUGGCCCAGUGCAAAGCACAUCCGCUUCUGCGCUAUCAUCCUUUUCCUCUCGUCUAUCGUGGAUACGUGUGUGCAAUCGCGCGAGAUGUUACUCGCGUCAUCACAGUAAACAUUUGUAAACGCUUGUCCAUGGAUUCUGCGUCGAAAAAACGAGAUUUGUUCUCAGGGCGCUUAGACGGAGUAGUCAUGCUUUCGAAGUUAUUUCCUUCAGUCGCUGGGUUUACGUCUCUCCAUUUCUUCAGAGCUUGGGCCAAACGGGGUAAAUCCCAGUCUUGCCAGUUUUCUUGUCCCCUGACCAAAUCGGCUUUGAUUCCUGUCAAUUUAUCUAGCACGCUUAUUGUUAUUCCAUUUACUCUAUCAAUUUUUCCAAGCGUUUCCAGUGACUGGACGUUAAACAGCAGUGUUUUGUAAAAAGAAUUCACUUUGUUUUGGUCGGCGCAUGUCACGGUGGGGAGUUGAAGAACGUUAUUGACAUAGGCGUUGACAACGUCGCUCGUUUUUUCCAUAUUCGUCUUUGAUUAUGUUUUUUGCUUUUUCAUAUCCCUCUGUCUUAAGAGGCAAUCCAUCGGUGUCUACCCUGGAUUUAGGCUCCAAUAGCUCUUGCAAGUAGGCAAAUUUUGUUACAGACGCUAAUUCCGUUUUAUCGAUUUCGGCCUCGAAUUUAUUCCAGAACGGCGUUGUUUGAUGCGUUGUUCAUUUGGUUUCUCUAUACGUCCACGUCUGCACAAAUAGUCGUGUACAAGCCAAACGUUUUAGCGCUGGUAUGUUUUUCAGGUUGAAAAUAUGGUGCUCAAACUGAUAACAGUCACCGCUAUCAUUACGAUUACUCACGAGCGCUUUUUAAUUAUUAGCAACCUUAAUCCAGCUAUAAUUAUGUCCUUUUUCUCCAGAUCACCUGAUUCACAACUCUCUGAUAAGUGGGAAAUGCUGCCUGAGCAAAUAGAAUUUGAGGAAGAGCUAGGGAGAGGAGAGUUUGGUGUUGUUUACAAAGCAACUUUUAGAAAGAGGGAUGAGAUGGAGGCGUUGGUCACUGAGACUUCCAAAUGGCCUUCAUCAUCCACGAAGCCGAAGGCACCACAGGAGGUGGCUGUCAAAGUUUUACAUGGUAAGAAAUAUUUUAAUCUACAAAACAAGAGACAAAGCCGUAAGCGCUAAUUGAAUUUGUAACUUAUUUCCAGUUGUUUAUAUGCAACAGAAACUAAUUCUUUUUUAUUUCUUGUUUGGACCUUGCUGACACCCUAAUUGAAAAUCAGUCGAAAAAAUCCAUUUUUUUUAUUUCGUUUGCUUUGGUUCCUGUUAGUAUUAUUGUUGUUGUCGAUUAUUCCUUUCACCAAUGUUCUCCUUCGAAAACAACGGCUAAGGCCUGAGGGUAAAUAGGGUAGGAGUUCAAGGUAGCAUGCCUCACCCACCCUGACUGUUCAGAUAGCGCAUCCCCUCCAAGGCUGCUAACUAAGAAGAUGGGGUGGUAAAGUGACUAUUAAACUGAAAUGCACUUAGAAGGUAGAAUCUACCUGUCCUUUUGUACAUAGGAGGAUGCGUGCGAUAAAAAGGGAUGAAUAUUUGUCAUGCAAAUGAAAAAUCUAGCACUGAAAUAAUAUGCUGUCACAGGAAGAAUGAAGAAGACAUAAUCAUUUUAUCAAAUUGUCUUUAGAUGAUCCAUCUGAGGCACAGAUAGAAGAGUUCACGUUUGAGAUUGAACAAAUGAAACUGUUAGGCUCACAUAAGAACGUUGUAUCCAUGGUUGGAUGCUGCACGCUUGAAGAGAAAAUGUUCCUGGUCAUAGAAUACGUUCCGUGUGGUGACCUUUUGACGUGGCUACGCCGCAGAAGAAAAAAGGUAAGACAAUCAUUGCAGCGUGUUCUCGUGUUCUGAAAGGGUAGACCACCAUUUUUAUGACUGUAUAGCUACGAGCCCUAUCAUGUAUUGGGACUAUUGCAGAUUUACAUCUGCGAAGAUGCCAAUUUCAUACCCGAUAAAGUCCUUGUUAUUAAAAUCAUAAGGAUUUUUUUAAAACUUUUUUAAAACUUGUUUUGUUAAACUUUGUUUAACUUGACUUUGAACUGCAUUCUCGCUUGAAAACCUAUCAAAGUGACAAAAUCUCCCCAACCUACCCCCUACUUUUGAAACAAAAAAGCCAGCCACCCACCCUCUUCUAGGUCCGGGCGUAAGCUCUCUGAUAAGCUCUCUGGAUUUUUUUGGCUUCCCUGGCUUGAUGCCCGUGUUCAAGCGAAAACUUUGCAGGCACCUUUAAGCAAAGUCACACAGAUGUAUUGGUCUUUACUUGUUCCAAAACUGAUAACGUUGCUUCCUGGAAGUCUAGAUCAACGAACUUAAAUCCUCCGAGAGAUCAUAUGCUGACAAAGAGGUUCUGAAAGAUCAGGAAGAGACCAGAGAUAAGGUAGGCUUGUUAACAAAAUGUAGUGAUUCAAUAUUUUAUCCAUUUUUGUUUGACCCUGAUAUUUUUUCUUUUCUUCAAAGUCCCCAAACCGUUUGUUGCUUGUUCCCUGUGUCUGAUUGUGUCUCAUUGAACGUAAUCAAAGACUUAAUUAAGGGCGCCUACCAAAAGUCAGAACUGGCCGGCCAGAACAUAGCAGGCAACAGUAAUUUUGACAAUGAGAAAUGCCUUUUUCCAAGAGCUUUUGUUGAAACACCAUUUCCUUUGUGCUUGCUAUUUGGGAUCUAACUGAUAGUUUGGAUUAAAAGUGAAAUUCUCAUUAUGACUGGAAUGGUCUGGCCGGUCAGUUCUGACCAAUGGAAAGCGUCUUAAGACUAUAUAUUAAGACGCUGAAAUUGUUUUCAUGCUUGUAGAAAUCACCAAAAGUUGUUAUGUUUAAUGCCCUCUGAUAAAAGUUUUUGAUGUCUUUUUUAUGGGGUGGCAUAAGAGGGAAGGUGGAACACUCUUAUAGGGUGGAUUGAUCGGUCUUUCCUUCAUCCUAGGAAAAACAAGCAGGCAAACUUUUGAAGAAAACGGCAGAGGAAGAGCAGGCUCAGGUCACCAUGGAAAUGAUCUCAUUGCGCCAGAGUGGCGACCCAAAGGACAUGGCGUCAGCCACUCACAGUCUCCCUAAUGUAAGAAUUUUAAUAAACACACUCAAGCCACAAGCGGCCUUGUCUCCACCCUUGGAGGCCUAGGCGAGGGGCAGUGAGGUGGUUUGGGAGAAAACGUUUGAGCCCCUAGGUACCGACUCUCACCAGACCGUUUUCAAACAAUCCAGCGAGUGCUGACUCCCGAUUGGACACAAAAAAAUGCUUUAUAUUAUUUUGCCCAAUGGGCGAACAGGGGCUCCUAUUUUCUUUUCGUGCAUUCGUACACGACGGCUAUUAUCUCGCCAUACUUUCACCAAGGUUGGGCGCGCAAGGGGAAUCUUGGCUUUUCCCACUUUGCCUCUACCAGAAACGUACGAACUACUUAUGAUUUGGGAAGACGUUUCAGAUGCUAUCAGCAGGACCGUUCCAAUUUGCUCCUAGACCAUUCUGUCACAAGCAGGGUGCAAAGAAGGUCCGUUUUAUAGCCUGCCAUUCGGGCAAGCUGUAGCUAGCAUGUACUAGCCCACAAGUCAUUUCAACUAGCUCCCAAACCCUUUUUGAUUAGCAAGACUGAUUACCAUCCUUCUGUAAUUUGAAUUUCCCCAAAAAACAGCACUUGCCCGUCGGGAAAAAUCACUAGCCCGAUAGCAAAAUCCACUAGCCCCGGGAAAUCGGACACGACUUUCUUUGCACGCUGCACAAGAUAUCGUAAAUGAUAUUUACGAUGGCGUGACCGAUAAGGAUCGAUGCAAUCUUGAAUACGUGUUGUAAGCUCAAGUUUAUUGUUUUAGGAUAAGCAUCUUUUAAAUACCCUUUCAUACGUUUCCAAAUUUAGUUUUCGGGUAGACAGUUGCAAUUUCUUUGAAUUCAUUGACGGGCUUUAUAUCGAACUGAAACUUUCCUGACGGCGUGCAUUUCUUUGGUGUAAGAGCCAAACAAGUAUCAUAAUGGUGAGACGAUAGCUGUCGUGUCCGAACACACCAAAAGAACUCAGGGGAUUGUGUUUAUCGAUUGGGCACAAUAAUACAAAGCAUUCUUUGCACACAGUCAGCUUGACCGUUUGGAAAUAGUUCAGUAAGGGUCGGCACCCAGGGGCUCUUCCGCCCUUGCUUGAAAACUAUCUUUUGCCGUGCCUUUUCUCCCGACCCGACUGACUGCCUCUGGCUCUCCGAAGAUGCCUUGUCUCGCGAUACGAAGGGUGUAACAUGAUAUAUUUCAUUCCUAAGAGCAUUGGGCGAAGCGAAAGGUGACGUUUCAGUGACUGAAGAGAUAUCACGUAACAAAAGACUAUUGUUAUUGAAUUAAAUAUCGUGGUUUAUAAAUUUUCCAUCUUAUUUCAAUGGAACUUUAAAUGAACAAAUUCAUCUCCUUUCUGUCUUCUGUUAGUCGAAUUACAUAGUUUUAGCACAAGUACCCCGAAACUCACGGAAGAUAAUUAUUAGUACAUAAGACUUUAUAGCAUGAUUUAAAUUGAAUUUUAAGCUGAGGGAACUAGCAAAUAAAACAAUAAUAAGAAAAAGGCAUUACUCUGCCUAAACUUGUGUGAUAUUUUAAUUUUUGAUUACAGACAGUAGCUUCUAACAAUGUAAUGUUACAAUUUUCUUACAUAUAAAUUAAUCGCCGUAUUUAAAAAUCAUUUAGCAAAGAUUCGCCUUUAAUAAUGAGGCUAUGGACGAUGAACAUUCUGAACACAAGGAGCAAGUGAACAUUGCAGAGCAAUGCGACAAAGAUGCCGUUCUUGAAGUGAUUCCCUCAACUUCCGCUACAAAUCAAGUAAGAAGUUUUAUAAUUAUUUACCACUACAAGUAAUGCGGGUAUCGGUAUGCGGGUACUUGGUGUACUUGGUGCAUUUGGUGCGUCAGAGUCAUGAACCUCCCCACCCUGCAAUGCAUAGUUCCGGGUAGCCAUUGGGCAAGGCGUAACAUCGUUCGGCCUGUCAAAGUCACGAAACUGUUGCCUGGCAGACAGGGGUUUUUUUGCCACAGGCUAAGGGAGACAACCCCUACAGAAAACAAGCCCAGCGCUGGAAGGUCUGGCGCUCCUCCAGCAUCGCUUGCUGGGAUUUGUCUCAGUGAGCCCUGCAAAACAUUGCUUUGGACAGAAAUUGAUUAUCUCUUCUAUAGUAUUGUGCUCCCUAAUAUAACCUACGGACUAUCUGUUUAUGGUGCCUCCGAUGUCCGUCAGCAAUUUUUAGACAGAUGCUAUAAUUUAAGCUUUAUAUCUACACAGUUAAGUAUUAGAUCAUUACUACAAAAACAAGAUAAAGCGAUUUUUCAAAAAGCUAAUCAGCAUGAUAACCACCCUCUGAAGGUGUGUUUACCGUAAGAAAAGAACAAUCUAACCUACAAUCUUCGACGUAAAAGCUUCCAAAGGCCUUAGAUAAACACCGAGCGUUAUAAGAACACAUUUGUAAAUAGAUUAAUGUUUGAAUACAACCUUUUAUGAUAGUUUAUGUCAUAUAUGUGUAACUAGCUUUUUGCAUUUUUUUAAAUCUUUUUAUUCUAUUGUAAUUUAGAUGAACUUUUAAUCUUUUUAUCCUGUAACAUUGGAUAUGUAUUUUUAUCUAAUGAGCAAUAAGUACAUUUAUCAUUAUUGUUAUUAUUAUUAUGUAAAAUUUAGCACAGGGAUUUUGCCUGGGGAGAAAUAUCCAGUCAAGUCUCAUCCCGAGACCUCAGACUUCCAGCACCUUUCUGAGGAUAUGUACCGAUCCGAGGAGUGCCGACUUUUGCAUCGUUCUUGUUCGGUUUUUAAUUCCUAGUUGCUCCAAGUGGCCUGCCAGCUUUUUUGACACUGAACAAUGCACCUACAACCACUGGCACCACUUUUGUCCUUGAUUUCCAGAUCCUUUGAAUCUCUCUUGCCAGGUCUUGGUACUUUUCACACUUUUCAGUUUGUUUCUGCAGAAUAUUACUAUCUCCGGGAACAGCUAUGUCCACAAUGAUUGUUUCCUUUGCCUUCUUUUUCUGAAUUACAAUGUCUGGCCUCCUGUGAUGGAUUUCACGGUCUGUUUGGAUGGUAAAGUCCCACAACAGUUUAACCUACUCAUUCUCUUCUACGCUUUUUGGGGAAUGCUCAUACCAUUUGUCACUGCAUUCAGCUCCAUAUUCCUUGCACAACUCCCAAUGAAUGACCCGCCCAACAACAUCAUGCCUCUUUUUAUAUUCUGUCUGCGCAAGCUUGGGGCAACUACACAAAAUAUGCUGCACAGUUUCAUCGUGGCUACCACACAUUCCUACAUUUGGAUGAUACAUUUUGGUUUUCGAUUCUGGCUUUUACGGCGUUUGUUCUUAGUGCCUGAUCUUGCGCGGCAAAAAUAAGCCCUUCUGUCUCCUUCUUUAGUUCACCAGUUCUUAUCCACUCCCAAGACACACCAGAUAGGUCACCUGUCUCUCUCUUGAACUGCCCAUGCAGCUGCUUUCCAGACCAGUCCUCAGUUCUUUUCCUUUUCAUUUUUUUCCUUAUAUUCCUUUGGCGUUUCGAUUUCAUUGACAUUCUUCCUCUUCCAUGCAGCUUUCAACAACCGUUCCUGGCUCUGGCAGACGUAGACAUUGAUAUUUCUUUCUUCAAUAUUAAUGGCAUCCUGAACACUAAUUAGUGCACGCCCUCCUUCUCUUCUUGGUAGGUACAAGCGGCUUACAUUGGAACUGGGGUGAAGUGCGCCAUGGAUGGUUAAUAGUUUUCUGGUCUUACGAUCCAAUUCAGCAAGCUCACUCUUUUUCCAAUUUACAAUCCCCCUACUGUACCGAAGUAGAGAUACAACCCAGCUGUUUUAGCCUUUAUGACAUUACCAGCAUUUAGCUUUGAGGACAAAGUUUUCUUCACUCUCCAAAUGUACUCCUUAAUCAUACUUCUCUUCACUUCGUCAUGCAUAAUGUCAUCGGCCUCCAACACCCCCAGAUAUUUAUUAUUUAUUAUUAUUUAUUAUUAUUAUUAUUAUUCAUUAUUAUUUAUUAUUAUUAUUAUUAUUAUUAUUAUAAUUGUUAUUAGUAGUCUUUAGAUAGUCAUUUUACGACAAUUCUCUUUCGUACACAAGAAGAAUGUACAUAGGGUAUAUUUUUUAAUAUUUCAUAUUCUUGAAUCUGUAAAUAGUAAAAUUUAAUAAUUAUUAUAUUUAUCAUUGGGGUGAACAUAGAAAUUUUCUUUUUUUUUAGUUUAUAGACAGUUUGUUUACAUUUGCUCUAUUGAAAACCACCAGACCACCAAGAAGUCUUUUUUUAACUAUAGUUAUACUAAAUUUGUACUUAAUUUUCAAAUUAUUAUUAUUAUUAUUGAUUAACACUGCAAACUUCCCUACAUUCUUGCUCGGUCCUCGCCGGGAUAAACAAGGGCCGCGUCCCCCAGUGAGCAACCAUGUUGGAGUUGAUAAGUAAGCUACUGGAAGACUUUUAAGAUGCAAGAUAAACACUCUGGUCUCAACUUUUAACAUCCGUUCACUCAACUCCAUUGAGAUGAUUGGAGAGCUUACCGCGUUGACAGAGGAGAAAGGAAUAUCUGUUGUUUGUCUGCAGGAACAUCGAAAAUUUCACGAUAGUGCGGACGUGCACUAUACUGAUGUCGGCAAAGGCUGGAUCUUGGCCACUUCCUCGUGCUGGAGGAAGUCCGUGAACAGUUGCGUGGGAGGAGUGGGUAUGCUACUAAGCCCCUCUGUUUACAACUCCCUCGAGGGCAAUAUUGUGGUAGUGAAUAGCCGAGUCAUCGUGGCAAACUUAAGUGACAACCCUGCUACUACUAUUAUAUGCUGCUCAAUCCAACAAACUGUUCGGGUGACAGCGAUGCUCUAGACUUCUACAACACACUCUCUGAAUUAAUAAAGAAGCUACCUGGACAUAACCUUAAGAUUAUAUGUGGUAAUAUUUGAAUGCACGUAUCAGUCCCUAAGACUGUUAUGGGUUAAGCUUUGGAAAAAAGACGUUUAUGUUGGAUAUGGCUACUGCAUGUGAGCUUAUAAUUUAUAACACACGCUUCCAAAAGAGCUUUAAAAGUUGUGGACGUUCAUGUACCCAAGUGGUUGCAAAGCCAAACUUGAUUAUAUACUGGUAAACAGGAAAUAGUGGAACAGUGUCUCAAAGACUGUCAGGCAUAUGAUCCUCUCAGUACAGUAUAUUCAGACCAUAAAAUUGUCGUAACUAAACUACGCCUCAGUUUGCUAGCCAAUGAAAAAACAACAACUGCCAAACGUACCAGUUUCGACUGGCAUUGUUUUAGCACCAGCCAUUCCGUAAGAGAGUCUUAUACUGUGGAAGUUAAGAAUCGCUUUGAGGCCCUGCACCAGCUUGAGGAAAAACACUGUGAACGAUCUGUAUACUACGAUGAUCAAGGCCCUAAUGGAUGCAGCUGAGAAGAGUAUUCCUAAGAAGAAACGAGUGAAAAAGCGAGUGCCCUGGGAGAAAGAACUUGUCAAGGAGAAAAGGAACGAGUUGAAGAAAGCCUAUUUGAAAAAUAAGCUUCUCCCCAACUCUGACAAUGCGAACUACCUAAAACAAGCGAAAGAGGAACUUCAAGCUGCAUAUGACAGUGAACAAGUGGAAUAUCUGGCCCAGAAAUGCGCUGAGAUUGAAAACGCUGCAGUGCAGCAUCAGGCAAAAAAACAUGGGAUACUAUUAAUGAGAUAACGGGAAGGGCCUCGUCAGCUACAGGUGGUCUUAUAAAGGCGAAACUGCUGAACUCUUAGGUCAACGUGAGGCCGAAGACAGGAACCCACUAAGCAAAUUGUACAGGAUACUAUUCCGAUCAGCACUAAUGCCUUCACUUUCGAAGAACUCAAUACCAGCAUCAACACAUUUGCCAAAAAUAAGGCACCUGGCAUAGAUGAACUCCCAGCUGAGGUAUAGAAAAGUGGCUUACUCAAUGACCAGUUGCUAGACGUGUGUAAUAUGAUGCUUGAAGGCAGCGGAAAAUCUGAGCUAUGGUCCAAGAGCAUUAUAAACCCCGUACCCAAAAAGGGCGAUCCCAGUGAACCUCAGAACUAUCGUGGUAUUGCACUAAUUCCAACAGCAGCUAAGAUCUAUAAUAGAGUGCUUCUUAACAGGAUCCGCCCCCGCUUAGAACCCCUACUGCGCACAAAUAAAGACUGGUUCCAACCACGAAGAUCAGCAGUUGCUCAGAUACUUACUCUUCGGAGAUUUAAUGAAGGCAUAAAGGCCAAGAAUCUUACAGCGGUUCUUACCGUUGUGGACUUCAAAAAGGCGUUUGACUCGGUGAACAGAGACAAAAUGUUUGAAAUUCUGAAGGCUUACGGCAUCCUAAAUCAAAUAGUCUUGGCUAGAGCGUCGAUGCAUCAUAACACUGAAGCCAUAGUUUGCUCACCUGGUGGAGAAACAGAUUUCUUUGCUUUCCACGCUGGAGUACUGCAGGGUGACAUGCUAGCUCCCUACCUGCUCAUCAUAGCAUUAGACUACGCAAUGAGAUCCGCAAUUGAAGGCUACGAAGACCUUGGAUUUACACUGACUGAGAGAAGAAGUUGUCGCUCUCCCGCAAUUAUGAUCACUGACACUGACUUUGGUGACGAUAUCGGAUUGAUUUCAGAUAACUUCGAUAAAGCCCAACCGCUACUAGAGGGAGUUGAAACCGCUGCCAUAGAAGUUGCUCUGCACAUUAACACCGGCAAGACUGAAUAAACAGGCUACAACCUUCGACACAGGGCGACCUUACUACUUGUCCUAGCUUUGAAUUGACUAUAGGGUGGACGAUUUCAGGUACCUAAGCUCUUGGAUAGAUUAAACGAUCAUUGCGUUUCUUUAGAGGUUUAGUUGAAUCUGUUCUAUCGUACGGGUCAGAGAGUUUGACAUUGACUACUGCACUGGAAGGACAACUUGAUGGCUGCUACACAAGACCCUUAGGUAAGGGGGGGGGGGCGGCGCCCGAAAUAAAUAGACAACUAUUUUAAUUUUUACUUUCGACUAAAGGAGAACGCAACAUAAUAAUCGCUGUAGGUCAGGUGUUACUAUAGCCGUCAUGCUAUUUUAGUCGUAGACUCGACACUGGCCGUUGCCUCCUGGGUAAACUUCGUCCGGUGAAGCCACAAAGGCUUUCUUUAACUGUCGUGGUUUAGUUCAUCCCAGAUAUUUUGAGAACAGACUCCUGAAGCAAGGAUACGUGUUUGAUAGCUCUAAACCUGCCACUUUUAAGCUAAAUACAGAGAAACUUCAUAAUUAUCAAUUACGUCCACUUGGUUAGACACCAGUUCUUGUACUCACAGUUGGCUCCUCAGGCCACUUAAGGCAUGACUAUAUAAUUAAAUAUGCAUAAUUUGAUAAAAUGCUAUUUAGAAUGGUUCGCUGCUAUCAAUGAUCCUGAAAAUUGGAUUACUAAUGUAGCUUAAUGACCUUAGCAAUAUGAGACAUUUUAGAAGUUCAAAUUUUCGUCAAGUGACUUCUAAUUGAGAAUUAACGGUCAAAAUAUUUACUCUAAAAUGGGGAAAGGAUAAUGAAAGAGCAACAAGUUCUUUUAGGUAUGUUUCAGAGGCUAUUAAAAAGGUUCUGAAGAAUUCGCCUUUUAUGUGUGUUUCCGUAAAACAGGAAUCGGUAAAUAAAGGGAAAAGGGUCACGUGACCUGCUAAUUAGUUAAAUAGCUAAUAGGACAAAUAACUUUUCCAACCAUAAAAGGUGAAUUUACGUUUUACACUGUUUGUGUAACAUUUUGGUGGUGAAAAUUCCCAAGAUUAAGUUGUGCAAACCUUCCUCGUUUAGAAAAACGUGUUUUGUGACGUCAUUGAUGAAGCAAUGUCACGUGUUAUUUGUGAUCACGUUUUACGCGUUUUUUUUUUCAUCAAGCCACAGUUGUAGUUCGCUUUUCAGGAUCACUGAUUGAAGCAAACCGGUUUAAAUAGCAUUUUACAAAUUAUGCAUAUUUAAUUAGGUUGUCAGAAAUGCAACAUUUGAUUUUGCAAAUUGACACUUGGACAGAAGGAGCGAAAACACCAGGACUGGUUUGAAGACAACAACGAGGAAAACGCAUGCCUUCUGAAGCAAAAGCAGGAAGGAUUUAGUAAUUGGCUUUAGCAAAAGACCUCGACUGCCAGGCACGAUCGUCUCAAUUAAACAAGCACCUCAGGAACAAAGUCCAGACUGAGCUGAGAGAGAUGAAGGAUACGUGGUGGUAACACAAGGCUGCAGAGCUGCAGCAAUACUCAGACGAGCACAACUUUAAGAGGUUCUUCGAGGGCACGAAGACUGUAUAUAUGGCCCCUCUUUCAAUUUCAUGACUCCUAUCCCAUAUUCGGCUGGAACCCUGCUUACAGCGAAGUGUGAUAUCGUUCAAAGUUGGUGAAAAAUCUUCAGCCAACUUCUCAACAAACUCCAAGAUAUACUUCAGCGCCCGGUUCUAAGCUCNAGAGCUGCAGCAAUACUCACACGAGCACAACUUUAAGAGGUUCUUCGAGGGCACGAAGACUGUAUAUAUGGCCCCUCUUUCAAUUUCAUGACUCCUAUCCCAUAUUCGGCUGGAACCCUGCUUACAGCGAAGUGUGAUAUCGUUCAAAGUUGGUGAAAAAUCUUCAGCCAACUUCUCAACAAACUCCAAGAUAUACUUCAGCGCCCGGUUCUAAGCUCUUUUGACGAUCCCCCAACACCGGAAGAAACCCAGAAAAAAAACAACCAGCUCCAGGCUGAGAAAGCACCUGUUCCUGAUGAGAUACCUCCCUAACGACCUCAAAGACACCAACGCCAUCCACCUGUACAAGAACAAAGAUGACAGAGCAUCCUGUGACAGCCACAGAGGCAUCUCGCCUUUGAGUAUUUCAGGAAAUCUCAUGGCACUCAUCAUACUGAGCUGUAUCACACAAGACCUCUUGGAUGAUUUCGUGUCCGAGAGUCAGUGUGCCUUCAGGAGAAACAGAUGGACAAUCGACAUGAUAUUCGCCGUAGGAAAGAUCAAGGAAAAUGCCGCGAGCAGAAUCAGAGCCUGUACAUCCUCUUUGUGCACCUGACAAAGGCCUUUGAUACGGUCGGCAGGUGAGUUGGACAUGUACCUCCCGAAGAUGGUCUUCCUCUCUGAGGUGGCCAGCGGUACACGUAACAUUGGACACCCACUAAAGAGCUUCAAAGAAGCCCUGAAACAAAAAACUGAAUCGAAUCCCACUCUUCAACGGGAAACCUUCGCCACAGACCGCACCGCCUGAAGAAUGGCCGUCCACAAGGGCGUUCAAGGCUUUGAAAAAAGCGGCUAUAUGAUCUCGAUCAGACCUCUCGGCUGGCCGAGUUUUAGUUGCGCAAAAGCUGCGUCUUAGCGAUUAAGUUGAUCUGUACGAUUUCUUCGAGUCUUUAAGCUAGACCAUUAUUUAUUUUUUUGUAAAUUUCCCUAAGGAUGUGGAGUGGAAAGUAACGGAAAAAGACUGGCCAGUAAGCAGCCAAGCGGCAACAGGAAAAAGUCAAGCAAAGCCUUCACCCGCCAUGCCACCUGUAAUCGAAAGCAUACACGAGGAUCUCAGCAGUGAUGAAGAAGACGCGGAGGAGAACUUUCGAACCAAACAACUCUUUUCAUUUGCUUGGCAAAUUGCUAAAGGAAUGGUAAUUACUAUAUGAUUAUUUUCUGAGCAACGUUGCUUCCAUUCAGGUUUUGUUUUCAUCCUUCAAAGAUCGUUAUCAAAGACUAUUCCACAAGCAAGAAAUAAAGGAUAAAUAAGUUAAUAUUCUAGAUGAUUAAUGAUUUUUAGAGGAGAAAUUGUCGUAGUCGAUCGAACCAAAUUCGGCAUGUUUUGUCUGAACUUGAAUCAGCCGUUUAGAUCAGUUCAGUUGUGAUAUUUUACUUUUGAUUACUGGCUCCUAUAAUUUUCACGCCUUCACCCAUGCCUUUUUAGGCAAUAGUAGCCCCGUAACUGAAGUUUUAUGGUACUUAUUUUCAUUUUUUCUCUUUCCUUCUUAAAAUUAGAAUCAUCUCGCAGAAAACAAUCUUGUUCACAGAGAUCUUGCUGCCCGUAAUGUUCUUGUUGGCCAUGAAAACCAAAUCAAAGUGUCAGACUUUGGGUUGAUGAGACAAAUCUAUGAAGAUGUGAGCGGCUCAGCGAGGUCCAAAAAACUUCCUGUAAAAUGGAUGGCCCCCGAAGCACUUUAUCAAGGCCUUUACACCACCAAAAGUGAUGUGUAAGUAUAAAAAAAUCCCACUCUUUUAAACACAUUUCGAUAAAUUACUGCUCAGAAAACCUCAGUCAGCUUCCCUAAAAGUCGUGAUCAGUGAGUUUAUUUCAAACCGAUCUAGAAUUUCAGUGGUUAUAGUGGCUGAUUUCGUACUUGUCAAUAUAAUUUCGACUCGGGACUACAUAGUUUGCAUAUAAGUCUUGAGAGAAAGCGGCGUCUGCGGAAUUCUUAAUUCGGAGUGUGUGUAAAAAAUCAUUUAGUUACGAUUAUGCGGCAGACCCGUCACCUAAAUUGGUAUUCUUUUCCGAUCCCUACUCUGUUAACCUUGCUAGGCCAUUGGCUAAGGGCUUUGAGCAGCUGAGGCCUGGUGUCAUAGGGUUCAGUCAAGGGCGAAGGCAUGGAAAGGUGGAGAUACGCCCUUUUGCCUUAAGUUCAUCAAGAAAAAAGAAGAGAAGAAAAGUAAUGUUAAUGCAGUGGGUACAUUCACGACCUCUGUGCUUUUCUUUAUAGUUGGUCUUNCUUGCUGCCCGUAAUGUUCUUGUUGGCCAUGACAACCAAAUCAAAGUGUCAGACUUUGGGUUGAUGAGACAAAUCUAUGAAGAUGUGAGCGGCUCAGCGAAGUCCAAAAAACUUCCUGUAAAAUGGAUGGCCCCCGAAGCACUUUAUCAAGCCCUUUACACCACCAAAAGUGAUGUGUAAGUAUAAAAAAAUCCCACUCUUUUAAACACAUUUCGAUAAAUUACUGCUCAGAAAACCUCAGUCAGCUUCCCUAAAAGUCGUGAUCAGUGAGUUUAUUUCAAACCGAUCUAGAAUUUCAGUGGUUAUAGUGGCUGAUUUCGUACUUGUCAAUAUAAUUUCGACUCGGGACUACAUAGUUUGCAUAUAAGUCCUGAGCGAAAGCGGCGUCUGCGGAAUUCUUAAUUCGGAGUGUGUGUAAAAAAUCAUUUAGUUACGAUUAUGCGGCAGACCCGUCACCUAAAUUGGUAUUCUUUUCCGAUCCCUACUCUGUUAACCUUGCUAGGCCAUUGGCUAAGGGCUUUGAGCAGCUGAGGCCUGGUGUCAUAGGGUUCAGUCAAGGGCGAAGGCAUGGAAAGGUGGAGAUACGCCCUUUUGCCUUAAGUUCAUCAAGAAAAAAGAAGAGAAGAAAAGUAAUGUUAAUGCAGUGGGUACAUUCACGACCUCUGUGCUUUUCUUUAUAGUUGGUCUUUUGGUGUUGUUCUUUGGGAGAUGGCUACACUGGGUGAGUAGACCGUCACACACUAAUCAUUUAAACUUCCAAGGGGAGAGGAAUCCCAAGAACUCUCCUCCCUGUUGCCACGGGGUAUAUGACUUGAAUUGUGCGACUGAUAUCAAAGGACGACACUGGGACGUAAAGAGUGAGUCCUUAUUAAAUAAGGUUAUUGUUACCAGGAAACAGGCUGAUACCUGAUGACUUUUAUUUGUGGCAAGCUAGGCACUUUUGUUUAGAACUAGGCUGUAUGUCUGAUAAUUUAUAAUCGGCAUCAAAUAUGCACGCAGUAGUUGUUUUCUGGAAAGGGGAGCCUUAUUACUAAGCACCCCGUUUUCUUUGAAGACACAUUUCAAUGCAAUUCUGACCCCUGCUAAAUCACUAUUCUAUUGCAAAACGGCAUUAUUGAGUGCGGGGGAAUGAAGAGUCGUCGACAUUGACAUCUCUAGUAGAAAGCUAUCCAGGGAAUGAGUCGUAUUUUCAAAUAAUAACAUGUAUAUUUUUUCUUUCGCAUAACGUGAUCAGGAGGCGUACCAUACCCCACGCUGACCAACUCAGAGUUGUAUCGACUGCUUGGCAAUGGUUAUCGCAUGGAAAGGCCUGACAUGUGCUCCGAUGAUGUGUACGUUUCUUGAUCAGAAUCGUCUUAGAACUGACAAAAAGAUUCGAUUUUUCCGUGCGUCUUUUUAGUUAUAAAUAGCCUUGAAAGUUGCAGAGGACAAUUCGGUUUCGAUUUUGACGUUUUUUUCGAUCAAAGUGAUUGCUGAACAGACAGACGGCAAAAUCUUACCUUAAAUAUUUGUUUCAUACAGUAAUAUGAUAGUGUUAUUUAACAGAGAUCGACAGAGCAAGAAUUAGCCUGCGAGCAAGCCCUCCAUUUGGGCGAGGAAAACGAACCGCGUGAGUACGCGCGAGCGGGGGCCCCUCGCAGUCGUGUUUCCUCUCGCGUGUCGCACGUGCGUGUACUUGACGAGAUCCUCCAAAUGGAGAGCUUGCUCGCAGGCUUGGCAAGAAACCGACAAGCCUAAUGAUCCGGCGUGAGUGGCUCCCAGCUGGUCUAAAGGAAACCUCUUCCACUAAAUCGGAAAAAACGGUGUCUAUACAUGUAAUAAUGGAGUGGAACUCUGGCUAGCUUCAAAUGGUUUUUUUUUUUUUGUUUUUGUUUUUGUCCAUAACAGAUAUGAGCUGAUGGCUGACUGCUGGAAAGAGGAACCUCGCUCUCGUCCCAGUUUCUAUCAACUGAUCGAAAAACUGGAGGUGAUAAUGGAGAGGGAUGCACCGUACUUGCAUCUAAACCAACACAAUGAAGAUCGUCCGUAUUACAACGUGCCACCUGAAGCUAGUGAUGAUUAAAUAUGGAGAAGGCGCUUCCCAGUAAUCAGACAAUUUCAGACCAAACGAGUAUAAACAGUUAACCAGUGAUGAUCAUAUCGAGAAAGUAAUCUUAAAAAGUUUGAAUAGGAAGUAAAAGUAGAAGCAUAAGAAGAACCGUAUUAGCAGUAAGGCACCUAGGAUCUAAUCAGGACUGAGCCCUUUACCCAGGAAUGUUCUUGAAAAGGGGCCUGGAUCAUAGCGUGCUAGAUUUAUAUUUUUAAGACUGUUUUUAGAUUCCUCGAUCUCUCACGUAAAAAUAAAAACAAAUUAUGAACCUGUCACAUGCUAGCUGUUUUCGUUUCUUCACAAUCUGCAGCGUGCGUAGUCAGCGAGAUCAUUAAGCGCGUACAGAGUUUUGGCAGAGGAGCUGCAAAGCCGCACACCUUAGGAACGAAGAUGAGACGUUUUGAAAUUCCCUCGCAGCUUCACCGCCAUAACUCUCACACGCGCGGGCGCGUGCGCGCAAAAAAGGGAAGGCCAGCUGAUCUAACAGGCAGCCCAAGCGCAGUAUGGUUGUUGCAUGUGGUACAAUAUUGCAAAAUGAAAGGAAACUAUUGAAGAUUCGUCCGGGGCGGUAAUCGAUUCAAGAAGAAAGUUAUUAGCAGAAAUUAAUUAACAAUUAAUGAAUGAGGCUGAGUAUGUGAUGAAGAAUUAUGGACAUCGAGGACGGCCGAGGCGGAUAACACCCUCCGAGAUCUCCAUAACUCUUCAUAUGAUACGAAAGCCGAAUUCAAUAAUUGUUUUAUUAUUUAUUCAAAAUAAUUCCUAGUUUAAAAAACAUGACUAAAACACGCUUACCUCCAUUGAUGUUAAGUUUAUCUUCGAUAGUGCACGUUGGGGGUUGUUCAGCUCCGCAAAUAUCCUCCAAAUAGCAGAUGUCGCCCUUCGAGUUGUCUUCUUGCUUUUCUUGCCAUGUUUUUAGCUGUUUUUUCGCCUAGUUCUUACUCCUGAAACAAGUGAAAUGAAACGAGUUUCAAGUUCACACCCAAAACAACUCAACCUUGUCCCCAGGUCUUUGUUUAUUGUUUAUUGUUUGUUUGCCAAAAAAUUAUACAAAUCAAAUGAAAUCUAAUUACUUAAACUCUCAUGGCGAGGAAACCCAAGAGAAGCCACCGGGCUUAUAAGGAAUGGGCUCCCUCAGUUAGAUAAAUAGAACAAAAUAUUAUCAUAAUUACACAUGGGAAAAUCAAUGGCAGAGCUACAGUAAAUCUUAAAAUAAGUAUAUUAGAUAGUCGUACUAAUCAUAGUUCUCGGCUAAAAAAAGCGAAAUGACAAAAAGAAAAAAACAAAACAAAACAAAUGAAAAUAAAAGAGCAAAGGAAGNUGCCAAACUGCCUUACUUCGUGCCAGCCUAGAAUGUAUGCCGAUGACACCCACAUUACUUAUGCUGGCGUUGAUGUGAAUUCAAUACAGUUAACUCUGAGUCACGAUUUAGAUAACCUAAACAAAUGGCUUAUUUCUAAUAAACUUACUUUGAACACUUCUAAAACUGAAUUCAUGCUAAUUGGCUCCAGACAAAAAUUGAGUACUUUGUCGAACCCACUUGAGCUCUCGAUUAAUAAUGUUCCGAUAGAACACGUUUCCUCUGUCAAAUCGCUUGGAAUAUUUAUUGAUGAAAAUCUACGGUGGCAAACACACAUUGAUAAAUUAUCUAAAAAGGUCGCUUCCGGAAUUGGAGCAAUAAAAAGAAUUAGACCUUUUGUCCCUCCACCUACCCUUCACUAUAUAUACAACUCACUAAUUCAAUCUCAAUUCGAUUAUUGCAAUCUUGUCUGGGGUAAUUGUGGUAAAACAUUAUUUGACAGGCUACAGAAGCUUCAGAACCGUGCCGCUCGCGUUUUAACCUUCUCUAGCUAUGAUGCUGAUGCUAACCGUUUGAUUAGACAACUCGAUUGGAAAGACUUGAACACUCAAUUUCAAAUACAGAAAUCCAUAAUGGUAUACAAGUCUUUAAAUGGCCUUGUUCCUGAAUAUUUAUCAUCUAAGUUUGUUAAACGAAAUGAAACGCGUUACUCCCUGAGGGACUCUGUUAACAAACUAUUUGUCCCAUUUCCGCGAACUAAUUUCAUGAAAAACAGCUUUACUUAUAGCGGAGCAGUUCUCUGGAACAGCCUACCCUGUCAUGUGAGAGAAGCCGAAUCUCUUAGUCAAUUUAAAAGAUUAGUUAAUGUUCAUUUUUAAUGUUAUACACGGCAUUCAUGAAAAACAGGUUUUAGUUAGAUUAGUUGUAGUCAGGUUUUGAAUUUUGUUUAGGAUAGUUAGGUUAUUUUUAAUUUUUAAAUUCCUGAUGGAUUUUACCGUGUUUAAAUAAAGAUUGACUUGACUUGACUUGACUUGACAUGUGCUCCGAUGAUGUGUACGUUUCUUGAUCAGAAUCGUCUUAGAACUGACAAAAAGAUUCGAUUUUUCCGUGCGUCUUUUUAGUUAUAAAUAGCCUUGAAAGUUGCAGAGGACAAGUCUGUUUCGAUUUUGACGUUUUCUUCGAUCAAAGCGAUUACUGAACAGACAGACGGCAAAAUCUUAGCUUAAAUAUUUGUUUCAUACAGUGAUAUGAUAGUGUUAUUUAACAGAGAUCGACAGAGCAACAAUUAGCCUGCGAGCAAGCUCUCCAUUUGGGCGAGGAAAACGAACCGCGCGAGUACGCGCGAGCGGGGGGCCCCUCGCUGUCGUUUUUCCUCCGCGUGUCGCACGUGCGUGUACUUGAAGAGAUCCCCCAAAUGGAGAGCUUGCUCGCAGGCUUGGCAAGAAACCGACAAGCCUAAUGAUCCGGCGUGAGUGGCUCCCAGCUGGUCUGAAGGAAACCUCUUCCACUAAAUCGGAAAAACGGUGUCUAUACGUGUAAUAAUGGAUUGGAACUCUGACUAACUCCAGUUGGCUUUUUUUUUGUCCAUAACAGAUAUGAGCUGAUGGCUGACUGCUGGAAAGAGGAACCUCGCUCUCGUCCCAGUUUCUAUCAACUGAUCGAAAAACUGGAGGUGAUAAUGGAAAGGGAUGCACCAUACUUGCAUCUAAACAAACACGAUGAAGAUCGUCCGUAUUACAACGUACCACCUGAAGCUAGUGGUGAUUAA